AUGCCUAUAAGCAAGGACAAGCUGAUUUUAAUAUUAGGAAUGGUCUGUUUGGAACAAGGUAAUUCAGGAACCCUUUCUUCCAUCAGAGCUCCUAACUGUGGACAGAGUCUGUUUAAGCCACAGCCUCAUAAUUACUUUAGCCAUUUCAGUCGCAUUGUUGGGGGAAGCCAAGUGACAAAGGGUUCCUAUCCUUGGCAGGUGUCUCUGAAACAAAAGCAGAGGCAUGUCUGUGGAGGAACUAUCGUGUCUUCACAGUGGGUCAUCACUGCUGCUCACUGCAUGGCUAACAGAAACAUUGCAUUAACUUUGAAUGUUACUGCUGGAGAACAUGACUUGAGCCAAGCUGAGCCAGAAGAGCAAACACUAGCCAUUGAAACCAUCAUUAUACACCCCCAGUUCUCUACCAGAAAACCUAUGAACUAUGAUAUCGCUCUUCUGAAGAUGGUUGGAACCUUCCAAUUUGGCCAAUUUGUGAGGCCUGUGUGUCUUCCAGAACCAGGGGAACAUUUUAAGCCUGGAUUUGUUUGCACAACUGCAGGCUGGGGUCGCUUGACUGAAGGUGGCAGCCUCCCACAAGUCCUGCAGCAGGUGAACCUGCCAAUUUUGACUCAGGAGGAAUGCGAAGCAGCUCUGUUGACUUUAAGGAACCCUGUUACUGGGAAGACCUUUCUCUGCACAGGAUCCCCUGAUGGAGGAAGAGAUGCUUGUCAGGGAGACUCAGGAGGCUCACUCAUGUGCCAGAAUAGGAAAGGGGCCUGGACUCUGGCUGGUGUAACUUCUUGGGGUUUGGGCUGUGGUCGAGGCUGGAGAAACAAUUCGAGGAAAAAAGAGCAAGGAUCUCCUGGGAUCUUCACAGAUCUUAGCAGAGUGCUUCCCUGGAUCCAUGAACACAUCCAGACUGGCCAUCGGAGAAAGAGCUCCAGAGCUUCAUGCAGUGAGCCUGAUGGUCUAAUACAUGGGACUGAGGGAGAGCUACACUUCCCAGAAAGCCUCCACCUAUACUAUGAGAACAAGCAACUGUGUGUCUGGACCCUGCUGGUUCCAGUGGACAUGCAUAUAUUGCUUAAUCUGUCCCACUUGGAUGCAGAAUCUUGUUACCACAAUUACCUGGCAAUGUAUUCCUUAGAAGACAGACUCAUUGGGAAAUUCUGUGGAGAAAGUCUCCCUUCAUCCAUUCUUGUUGGCUCCAGUUCUAUCAAGCUGAGAUUCAUCUCUGAUGCCACAGAUUAUGCCACUGGGUUUAAUCUCACCUAUAAAGCUCUCAAGCCAAGCUACAUUCCUGAUUCUGGCUGCAAGUCUCUAACUAUCCUCUUUGAAGAAGGUACCAUACAUAGUCUUCAUUAUCCUGAAGACUACAGUGAUAUGGCUAGCUGUACAUGGAUUUUUCAAGCCCCCAACCAUUGCCUAAUUAAGCUGUCAUUUCAGAGCCUAGAAAUACAAGAAAAUGGAGACUGUACUUCAGACUAUGUGACUGUACACAGUGAUGUUGAGAGGGAGAAGGAAAUAGCUCGCCUAUGUGGCUAUGUGGUACCCGACCCUGUGCUGAGCACCUCCAGUGUGAUGCUCAUCAGCUUCCAAUCAGAUGAGAAUGGCACUUCCAGGGGCUUCCAGGCUGAAGUCUCCUUCAUUUCUAGAGCAGAUCUCAGUGUCUCCAUACCAGAGGAUGAAUCACUGCUUCUGGAGACAUGGGACAUGCCACCUGGAGCAAUGGAAGUUCCUGGUAAGCUGCUUUGA